GCACCCGCACCCGCACCCGCACCACCACCGCGCCCUCAAGGAGGAGCCCCUCACCAGCUCGCAGCUCCGCGCCUGGAUGCACCAGCCCGCGCCCGUGGACCACGGCAGCCUGGGGCUGAGUCGGGCGCACUUCGAGAAGCAGCCGCCCAGCAACCUGAGAAAGUCCAACUUCUUCCACUUCGUGAUCGCCCUGUACGACCGGAGCGGCCAGCCCGUCGAGAUCGAACGAACUGCCUUCAUUGGUUUCAUAGAGAAAGACCAGGUAGGCAAUGAAGUCGACGAGACGAAAACAAACAACGGAAUUCACUAUAGGCUACAGCUGCUCUACGCCAAUGGAGUCAGACAAGAACAGGACAUCUACGUGCGGUUAAUCGACGCAGUGACCAAACAGGCGAUCGUCUACGAAGGCCAAGACAAGAACCCCGAAAUGUGCCGAGUCCUCCUUACACACGAAGUCAUGUGCAGUCGGUGUUGUGACAAGAAGAGCUGUGGAAAUAGGAACGAAACGCCGUCCGACCCCGUCAUCAUAGACAGGUUCUUCCUCAAGUUCUUCCUGAAAUGCAAUCAAAACUGUCUCAAGAACGCCGGCAACCCGAGGGACAUGCGGAGGUUCCAAGUGGUGAUUUCGACGCAGGUGAGCGUGGACGGCCCCCUCCUGGCCGUCUCGGACAACAUGUUCGUCCACAACAACUCCAAGCACGGUCGGCGCGCCAAGAGGCUGGACCCCUCUGACGGACUGUACCCUCCCCUGCCGGUGGCCACCCCCUGCAUCAAGGCCAUCAGCCCCGCCGAGGGCUGGACCAGUGGCGGCGCCACCGUCAUCAUCAUCGGCGAGAACUUCUUCGACGGCCUGCAGGUCGUGUUCGGGACCAUGCUCGUCUGGAGCGAGCUGGUGACGUCCAACGCCAUCCGGGUGCAGACCCCUCCCCGCCACAUCCCGGGCGUCGUGGAAGUCACCCUCUCCUAUAAAUCAAAACAGUUCUGCAAGGGCGCCCCCGGCAGAUUCGUCUACGUCUCCCUGAGCGAACCCACCAUCGACUACGGCUUCCAGAGGCUGCAGAAACUCAUACCCAGACACCCCGGCGACCCGGACAAGCUGCCCAAGGAGAUCAUCUUGAAGCGGGCGGCCGACCUGGCCGAGGCGCUGUACAGCAUGCCCAGGAACAACCUGCCGCUGUCCGCGCCGCCGCGGUCGCCCACCAGCAUGACCACCUCCAACGGCAUGAGCGGCGUCGGCGGCGUCGGCUUCAACUCGUACUCCGGGCAGCUGGCCGUCAGCGUGCAGGACACCAGUGGACACGGUCAGUGGACAGAAGAAAUGGGCAGCUUCUUCUCCACGUCGUUCUCCUCGAUGAACCCCUUCACCCUCCAGACGUGAGCUGGACCUGCACUGGGAGACGCGAAGACAGCGGGCCGGCCGGACGUCCCCGAUGGAGAAGCGAUUGUCUCGAUCGAGUCUCGAUGGCGCCCUCCAGCCGGCCGAACCUAGAUUCUUUUCCGUACAGUCCGUGAAUACGCACGGGGAGUCCUCGCUCUGCGUGGUUAGUCACGGCAUCUGUAUAUAAGUGGUAUCAACCUGUGUGAUUGAGUAAAUGUAUAGUGCUGUUUUGUACACUUCCUUGCUAGUGAUUACUUUGUUAUAUCCGUGGGUCAAAUUGUGGAACGGUAUACAACGAGCGUGAUGUGUUGUUAUUAUUGUUAUUGUUGAGUUUGUGAGAAAGUUUUUCUCGGCUUAUUUAUUGAGUACAAAUCAUUGUUUUGGUUGAGUUUAUUAUUAUUAUCAUGAUUAUUAUUAUUUAUUUGUUUCCGAUGGACAAGUGCAAUUUUAUAGUGAAUUUUGUUGGUUAAAGUCAUUCCUUAUUAUAGCUAAAUGGUAACAAUUUGAGGGCGUGUUUGGGCAAUGCUCAGGUCACUUUCGAUAUCCUUGAUCAUAUCAAUGAGUCAUUGAACAUUUCAUAAUUGUAAUUAUCCUUCUCGUACUUCCUGUAAUGCCUCUCCUUUUUGUCUUUUCGUGAUCAAAUCCACCAAUAAAGAUCCCAACACAUAUCUAUAAGAUCGUACAAUUAA